CCAAGCAGUAUCUUAAUCUUUGCGUGUCAGUCUUGCAUCACCAACAUCACUUUCCAUCAUUUUCUUCGUCAUUUGUCCCCAAAAAUCUCAUGACAAAAACUCAGUGACAACAAUCUUUUCACCUGGAAAUCAUCAUAUCAUAUAAACCAUAUAUGGAUACAAAACCACCACAGAAUUUGGGGCUAGAAAGUGUGGGAGGGUUAGCUAUUCACAUCAUCAUAUCAAAACUUGGUCCAUCAGAAGCAGCAUCUGUGGCAUGUGUCAACAAACGUUUCAAAGAUUGGGCUUCUGAUGGAUCCAUUUGGUCCUCUUUUUGUAACCAAGAACUUCAUCUUAAUUCCCCUGUUGAUCCCCUUGGUAACCCAUGUCCCAAUUUUAAGGCGGCAUAUGGAGCAUGGAGGGAAGCUUAUGGUAUGUAUCCAUGGUCCCUAGUUAGACGAGUGAAAAACGUUUGGGACAGAAAUAGAAGCUGGUUUACAGAUAAUUUCCCAGAGGUUUUGCCCACCCUUCGUAAAGGUGCAUCCGAGGAUGAAAUAAACGAGUUAGAAAAGUCAUUGAAAGUGAAACUUCCUCUUCCUACUCGAGUGUUGUACCGGUUUUGUGAUGGACAAGAACCAGUCAGUGAUGCAUCAAGAGGAAAUAAAUUUAGAACUAUGUGUGGGCUAAUUGGUGGUUACUCUUUCUAUAACUAUCUUGUAGAUAUUUUCUUGCUGCCAAUAGAUCUUGUGAUCAAAGAAACGCAGGAUAUUGUACGUCACCUUGGAUUCACUAGACCAAGGUAUAUAGUUGUGGCAGCUUCUUCCACUUUUGCUAAAAAGAUCUUUUUUCUCGACUGCGAGGCUGGUCAACUCUAUGUUGGCACAAAGAAUCUUUUAUCCGUUCGAGAAAUGAUGCCAUGUGUGCCAAAUGAGUUGAUAAUUUCAGUGCAUGAUCCCAAAACUGGGCCACAACAAGAUGCCAUGUUGCUAUGGUUAGAGGAACAUGCCCACCGCCUUGAAAAUGGAAUGAUCAAACUACGCGAGGAAGGAACCACUAGAAGCAUCAGUCAAUUCCCUGAACAACCUCCUCUGUGUUCCUCGGCUACAACAAGUGGUGUUCAGGUUCGUGCUUCUGCUGUAUUUGUACCGGAGUUUAGUGACCUUUUGGAAGAAGAUAACAAGUAUUUGUUUGCCUACUCAGUUCGUUUAUCACUUAAACCCGAGGGAUGUGUAGUCCAUGGAAUGUCCCAUGAAUCCUGCCAACUCUAUCGGAGACACUGGAUUAUUAAAACUAAUGACCAGGUUGUGGAUGAUGUUGACGGAGAAGCCGUGAUAGGCCAGUAUCCCCUCUUAUGUCCUGGGGAGAAAGAAUUUGUUUAUGAGAGCUGCACAACUUCUGCUGCUUCACCAGGAUCCAUCGAGGGUUCUUUCACAUUUAUUCCCGGCAGUUUGACACACCCAAGAGGAGAUCCCUUCGAGGUUGAAGUUGCUAAGUUUCCUCUUGUGUUACCAGAUUACAUCUUCUGAUGCAAGUCUUGUGUUCUCUAUAGUCGAUUUCUGAACUAUCUAUGCUUAAAACGGUUUGUUUGUUCCUUCCUCAGUUUUAUCUGUUAAUGUCAAUCUUUUUUAUACAAUGUCAAUAUCAUGUAAUAUACUGCGUGAUCUCUUUUUGGAAAAAUAAAAUUAACCAUGGAGAACAAA